AGAUUGUUAAGAUAGUUCAUCCUCGUUAAUUUAUAUAGGAUAAUAUAUUACUGUAACACAAAUGAAGUAGUAAGUAUGAAUUUUAAAUACUCCUGAGAAAGAAAAUAUUUUUUACGAUAUAUACGAUAUAUAUUUAAGAUAUUUUCACGGAACAGUCAACGUUAGCCAUCUUCAUGUUUCAGAAGCUAUGCCUGUUGCAGUUACAGUAGUUUUGUCUACCAGAAAGUAGUGAGAAUUUUUACGGACGAUUUGCACGGAUUAUACCAGCCUGACAAGAUGAUUAAAAAGACCUGCGCGUUCGCUUUAGCAUAGCGUGACCCCUUUUUGGCACAGUAAAUCCCGCAGCUUCUUAUUCCACCCUUUUAGAAAAAAGUUUGCCCACCCCUCGGUUAACUGGUAAACGCCUCGAGCUGUCUGCACGCGCACCUGCUAUGUAUAUCGCCCAGCCGUUUCUUACCACGCGACCACGACUUAUGUCCUCUACUGAUAGAUAACUUUACAGAGCAAAGAGAAUAUUGUUGCAUUUCGAUGGAACAAUAUUGAACGAACUAUCAAAAAAGAAAAAUUCUUGAUUUUCUUUGUAAGUAUAUACGUUUCAUAAAUAUCGAGAGAGGGAAAUUGCAUCACUUUAUCCUGUUUGUUCUCUAUUAAAAUCACCUACUCUUUUUGUGCACGGUCCGUGUCAGCUGAUUACCAUGCAGUCUCACACGUGACUUGAUCUUGGAAUAAGACGGAUGCGUGAGGUGAUUGCGUUAUGUUCAUGGAUUCACGAUCCGUUCGCAACAUAGAUUUCUCGUCGAACAGACGCAAGAUGGUUCAGGAUUUACGAUUAUUCGAUGGUACACUCGGAUAGGAUUUUCUAUAAACUCUCUUUAAGUAUACGAAAGUCAAUGUAUUCUUAUGAAGAGCAAUCACAUUCGCUGGUACUCUGUCAUUUAUAUUGCAAUAUGUAAUGUAAUAAUUACGUCAACGUUUCUACAUUAACUUAGUUUAAACUACAUUGCCAAAGACGAACUUCUCAAACUUUUCCACGGUACAAUCGAUUCCAACAGUAGUAAUCGAAAAACUAUUCUCCAAGUAGAAAAUAAAUUUUUUCCAUAAAUUUGCUCGGAUACAGUACAGUUGGAUGAACAAUUUUCGUGGUAGAAGCCGUGAAGACGUUUCGAUGCUGCAAUUUGUAAGACAAAUGCGUUGUUCACCUAACCAUCUGUUAAGUAUGUUUCGUCGUGAGAUAUGUUCAGAUCCGACGAUCGAGGGUUACAGAUCGUCAGCGAUGGGUAGCCUUUACCGUAUCAUCUCUCUCUCUCUCCUUUCUCUCUCCCUUCUCUCCACCUCUCUCUUUUCUUUUUUCACGAGGAAACACGAGCGUAGAGACAGGGUGGAGACCCGAAUCCUGAAGCAGUGGACCGUGAAUGCGAUACCAGGUUUGCCAUGCCUCGGUGUGGGGGUGGUACCGUCAAACAACCGUUCGUCGACCAUCCCUUCGUAGUGCAAAUCCCAUCCUCCGCAGGUCACUUUCCGGACUGUGAACGACGUCAAAGUGAACGGACAUCGCGAAUAUGCACGAGACAGUGCUUUGCGCUUUCCGCCUUCGAAACAAAGGAACAAACGUGCAGCAAGAAGAUAAGAGAUAGAGCGAGGAAAUAAACAAACGAUAUGAGUGUACAUACUUUGAAAUGCAAGACUGCUAAUCACAGCUGCGAUAAUAAAGAAGUUAUGCAAGUUCUAAUACUUAUUCAUGACAUAACUUUAUACGAUUACGUCUCAUCAUCUGUAAGCAACGAGCGUGACAUAGAGACAUAAACACAUGGCUGCUUUGAAGACACAUGCUACUUCUGUCAUUGUUUAGAAAAACUGAGGCGUUAGCGAUUACAAAAGAAAUGUAGAUUAGAAGAAUAGUUCCGACAUCACCACCACAUGAAAUGCACCUGACACAGGAGUUAACCGUGAGAUUAGAGUGCGUCAAGUUGUAUGUCAGUCCCCAUUCGAAGACACAAAGCUGCCUGUUAAACCGGUAGAGCAAGAUAUAGAACCGCCAGUGACCGACCAGUUACGUUAGACCGAACGAAAAGUGGAGUUCAUUGUAAUUCCUUACUGUUUGCUAAGAAGUUCAACGUUCAUUGACGUCGGCUUCAUCUUGAUGCUGCAGCACUCUCUGACGAUUAACCCAUAGCCCGAGAGUAGGAGGAACAAAAUUCGUCGAAGCCGUACGUCGGUCACAAAAUUCAUCCUCCAGCGACGAAGUUCGAGGAGUGAAAGAAAAGGUGGUUCUCCUUGCGGAUACAACUUACAAGCUACAAUUCUGUGGCUACGAAGCGGCUACACCCUUUUACGAACGCGCGGCUCAACCACUCAUGGACCGACCAGUUUCGCCCCGAGUGGCAAGUGUGGCGGGAAUUAUGCAAUUAUUGCAUUGCGCUCGCAAUUGUCGCGGAAAACGGCGACUGCCUGAAUGGCCUGAGUGUCUAAGGGGUAACGGGGCAAGAAAGGGGGAUUUCCUCGUCGUUUUACUACCGACAUUUCCCCGUACGUUUCGUUCUCUGUUUUAAUUCAUUCUCGUUGGCCGCAAUCACGACCACGAAUCGGAGAUAAAUACGAUUUUGCUUUGCUUUCGAGCGUAUGAAGUAUUGAAAGAUCUGCUCGAAUAACAAAAUAGGUAUUCGCAGGGAAUAUAGUACAACGUAAUAUUUUUAAUGUAGAAUUGUAAAAUUGGUAUAUACGUGGGAGUUUCGGCAAACUAUUGUAAAUCGAAAUUUCGCUAGAUUCCUGUAUGCGUCGGUUUCUCACGAUUUUCAAGGGAAAACCAGCCGCUCGGAUGCGACAUUAGUCAAUCAAGUUGAUGUAUCGCGCGAUGGUCUUGAAUCUAAAAUGCAACUAAACCUGACGAACAUUAACAAACGUCCAAAUAUUUUCUGUAUCAUUAUAGAAACGGCUUGUACGAGAAAUUAGAUAGACAUUUACCGCAACGGUCGUUGAUUUUCAUCAAGAGUUCGAAGCUUGACCAAUAAAAGAAAAAAGAAGAAAUCCUGGGUAUCUCUGUUAAUAAAAACGCCAAUCUUUUUGAUGUAUAGGUCAUGGACAAAGACACAUCUAUGCGGGUACAAUAUAGAUUAUAACCGUGCACGUAUACACUCACCGUUGGCCAUUUAGGAUAUCCAUUUGCGUUCGUACACGUUCCUCCAUGGUAUCAUAUAUUUGCACGCACAGCGUUUUGUUGAAUACAGAAAAUAAGCCACGAUUUUAUAUUAGAAAUCCGACAAUGCUUCCAUUAUAAGCUUCCAUAGGCAUUACGGUCCCGUGGAACUACUCAAAGAUUUGAAUGACUCACUGUUUGCAAUAACUUAGAACUCAAGUGCUCGAUAAAAUCUCAGCGUGUACGGAUGAGUUUUAAUUUCGACGAAAAUAAUUUUAAUCGAUACAGCUUUAUCGUUAUGAGUGUUCGUUAUUGAUUCACUUAAUUUCGUCUGUUACGGAAGAACGUUUUUUGCAGUCAAAUUUUAAGACGUUGAACCAAAAAAGAAAACGACGAAUAUGAGGAAUAAGCAAAGAAAACAACGCAUCGAAUUUUGCACUCUAUAUUUUGUUGUAUCAGAGUCUACAAAUUCCGUUGUCAGCUAUCUGAUGUCGACAUAAAUCAAACGAUUGCCAGCGACCAUAACGAUCUAUACUCUUUUGGCAAUUAAUUCGCCAUCGUGUGUAAUAAUAACGAGCCUGCUUGAUUUGUAUGUUCGUGCCUCGGCAAAUAAUUACUACGAUAAAUUCAUGUUUAAAACUCUCCGCUUGGAACCCUAAAACUUAAUCACCUGCGAGGAAGACGCACCACUUGAUCGACCGGUUAUUUAUCUUUCUUGGACGAUGAAGAGCUUCACAUAGUGGAACUGCUUCGAUUAAAAAUCAUGGUUUCUAUAAAUUUCACGGGAAGAUCAAAGACUCCUUCUUGCAGAGUAUAAUCGAUCGAACAAACGUUCCUCGAUUCCAUUAAAUCUAUCUUAUAGGAAUUUUUAUAUGAAAUCAUAAAAGCUAUCAACAAAAUAAUAACUCAACUCAUAAUUUUACAGGAUUGUCUACCCAUAAAUUUUCCAAGAGAAUAUGUCAAUUUCGAAGAAGACCGCUAUGGGAUAUCAGCCCACGAGAACAAUGUUCAUUAUGGAAACCAGUAUUAUACUUCACGGCGCUAUGUCCGUACUGUACCACGCUUUAUUAUUUUAUAUCUCUCAUUUUCUGCCAUCGACUAGACGAAUUUAUAAAUUGUAAAAACUAUUAAAUUAUGUGCAUCGACCAGGAAAAGGAACAAUCAACGUAUGGACGUCGAGGGGUCAGUGCAGUAACAACGAGACGAUCCGCAAAUAAAGAGGACCUGCAGGAAAUCUGCAAACAUGAGCGAAGCAAACGGGCCAGUCCAUUAAUAUUGCCUCGUAGGAUCUGAACAAGAAACGAACGGUGGACCCGAGGUCUCUCUCCUCGAGCAAAGCUAUAAAAAUUAAUUAGCUUUUAGAAGGAGAAGUUGAACGGCGACUGUGCCUUAACUCGUUCAACAAAAUCCAUGAAGCCAUCCUCCCUUGAAACGAUCGUCGACCUCUCUCCGUGUUCGAAGGAUCUAAGCUGGCACGAUACCUGUAAUGGAUCCCCGAUGGAUGAUCGAUACGUUGUCCCACAAACAACGUUCGAUCCAAAACCUUUUUCUCCGCGUCGUUGUUCCAACGUAUAAUUAGUCAUUGAUUCGAUUCAGGAACAUUUUGUUAAGAUGAUUAUAUUUUAGGUCUGGAUCGUGUCUGCAAGAUGAUUCAUUGCGACUGUGAGAUUUUGAAUCUCAAUAUAUAUAUAUAUGUUUUAUCUACUUUAUCUAUUUUCAGUGAUGAAACAAAUGUUCUUUUUUUACUUUCACUUUGAAAUGAUCUUUGCGGUAAAGAUAUUCAAUUAUAAUUUUAACUUUCUGCUUGAAUUUUAGGAGCCGAGAGGAAUUCUUUGUUCUUUUCCGAAAAUAUAGUGACCCGCGUUGUACACGAAAUUUUCGAUAAAGUCCGUGUGUUUGCCAACUCUUCACAUCGGUAAUGUUUACUAGCGCUAAUGGCUCGUUUUACAAUUGUAGGAGGAAAAGAGGCAGCCGGGUAGAAAAUGAAAGAGGGGCGUCUAAUUUGACGUAGUACAGUUGUCAUACAGCACAGAGGGAAUUCGAUUAUGGCCAGUAUCCACAAAUUGCCUUCUAGUUAGCGGGAAUAUCUUGCGGUUGAACUAUCGCGAGAUAAUUACACUUCAACCGCUAUAAUAGCAAGUUAGUUAUAGAGCGGCGGAUCUUAACUCGGGAUCUGCGAGCUUGGUUGAUCGAGCACAUCCACGGGCAAAGGAUCCGUUCUGUCACCGUUUACUUCUCGAGAAGACAAACUUCAAUCCACGAAUGUUUGAGGAAGCCGUUUACCAGUCAUGUGAACCACGCGAUGCCAAUGUUAAACUGGCUUCUUCUUUUUAUUUCUAUUUAUUUUUCUCCUUCUUCUGUCUACAUUUCCUUCGUUCAUAUUUCCACGAAUUCUUUUCUGGUUAAAGUAGCUCUAAAAAUUGCAAUUUGGUACGAUCCCCAAGAUAAUUCUCGUGUCUACGAAAUUGUACAAAUAUCGGAGAUCGAUGGAACAAUCGAUGGUUGACAUAUUUUUAACUACGAAUAAUGUUUCACGUUAAUCUGCUUCCUUCUAAUUAGCUUGUAAAAAAUAGCAUGGAGAUCGAAAGGACGCAAUUGAAUAAAUCAGAGAACUGAACUUUAAUCGACAUAGAAACGCGAGAGGAAAAAGAAAGCAGCCAGAUGUAACGCGACAAGAGCUCGAGAGCUCUUCGCCUUCGGAACAAUAAAACCAUUCCUGUGGGGGAGUGAAACAACUCUGGAAACCGUUCUUCAGAUUGCUGAUGGAGGCACAGGGUCAUAAUUCACACGCACAAAGAGAGUCGAAACGCAAAAUGACAAUGUUCCCGACCAAAAGGAUACUGCGAAACAGCAACUUUACAAUCACAAAACAGAUUUUACGAGGCAAUUGAAAAUCAGAACGGGAUGACUUUUGUUCGGAGAUCUUUUAUGAGCGCCAAAAGCGUGCAUAUGGAGACGGUAGUUGGUGGACGAACCCUCGAGGACCGAACAAUCGAGUGCCCCAAGAACUACCUACUCACUUACAGACUCUCACCUCGACUAGUCUACUUUUCUCUGUCUCUUGUUCUCUCUCUGUCAUUCCAUUUCUCUCCCCCUCCCUUUUAACAACCCUGUCCUGCGGCACCGAGUCAUAACCACAAGGAGUAUAAUGGGUGGAAACCACUGGCGGCUUUUCACUGCCACUUCUUCGUCCCGCCAAUUAAUUUCCGUGGAGCCGAUCUCGUUCCUCAAGGAGACCACUCAAGAGCUGCCGAUGGAUGAGCAUAAAUCUUCAAAUCCGUCGUGUCGCCCUUCUUUCUCCCCUCCUUUUGCCUCGUGCUAUUAACGCGUUUAACUUGUGAGAUCCACCUGAGUUGAGAGUAAGACCCUCGAGUGUUGACGAUGGGCCAGUCAUUCAUCUUUUUAUGACCGGCUCCUUUAAGACAUCGUGCACGCGUCUAAUUGUUACCUGUGUUUUAUAGCUACUAGAAUAAGCUAUGUGACGGUAUAUGGUUCUUUGAAGAGGAAAGAUUCAGAGGAAUUUACAAUUUUUGAAAAGAUAGAAAAGAAAUUUCUUUUCUCGUUCGAGAACCUUUGGGUAAUAUUUUUUCCAGUAAAAAGUAAAUUUUUUUACCAAUACGUAAUCUGAAGAUAAAUUACGUUCUAAAUUUCCCUAUUGUUUUAUAUCUUUUAUAUUUAAUUCUAUUUAUUCGUAAGAUUCGAAGGAUAAUAGUGACGAUGAUAUAUUGUUGCAGCUACUGCAAUAUAAAUAAGUAAGCUAAUGGAGCAUAAUUUCACGGAGCCAUCCGUGGGAACCCGGACAUCUUCUUCAGGAACAUCUGCGAAUAAAAUAUUCGCGGUGCACUGGUGGAAAUAAGGAAUCGUCGCGCAGGUGAUCCAUUUCAGAGAACGCGGGCAGCUCUCUAUAAGUGCCUAGCCGGUGGAAAAAUUGAAAAGCCGCGCUAAUUCGCGCGACAAUGCUUCCCGGUUGCACGCCGGGACGAAAGUUUAUCGCGAACCUCGCGAAGAACGACCUUUGGCUAGUCGCCAGUCGUGGUACUAUCUUGUGGGACUCAUGGCCAAUGACGAGAACUACUCAUGUCGCGCUGAUUUGCAUAAUUUAUUAUGGACGAACGUUUCGGUGACAAUUUGGUCAACAUCUUCCUACGUUAGGAAAAAUUUCCCAGUCAAUCAAACGCUGACUUUGUCCGUACUAUUGACGUCGAUCAUCGAAUACUUUCUUUCGCAAUGUAUAUGCAAAAAGGAAAGCUUCUGUCUGAGCUUCGAUUAUUGGUAAUCAUGUCCGUCCAUUACGACCGGAAAAUAGCUGACGAAACUAAAGCUUCUUUACGUUGAUUUAUGAAAAGCUUUACAUUUAGAAGAUGAUCGUUUUCUUGUUAUUUGUACUAAUACCAAUGUCGAUAAACCAGUAAAUUUAUUUUGUAUGAUCGAUUAGGUGAAUCCAGCAGGCUAGGAGGCAAACGACAAGGAUGCACCAACACGCGACUCGUAACACGGAAUCAGAGCCAUGGCCCUCGGUAACCUCGACUUGCCUGUGUGACGCUCGGUGAUGGAUGCACCGGCAUUUACCAAAGUCGCUCGCCAGCUCGCUAGAGUCGCCUAGACGAUAGGAAGGAUCAGGGUGUAAAAAAGCAGCGACUUGGUCGGUGGAAGGACAAAGGAAACGAAAGAAAGAGAAAGAGAAAGAGAAACGAGGGGGAGGAAGAAACGCGAGAUCCAAAGACGGUUACAGAGGGGAAGAGAAAGAGAAAUGAGGGAAAAAGGAAGGGAAAGAGGUGUGCGCGCGGAAUUCAGAAGCGGAAAGAGGGAUGAAAAAAAGGAAAGGGGGAUAGAGCAGACAGGGAGUUAGAGUGAAAGAGUAAGAGGAAGAGAGCAGGGAUUAGAUCUUAGGGUGAGUGGGUAGGAUUGGAUUUGGCAGAGGCGGCUCCUCACGUUGGUGGUAGAAGGUUGCAGGAGAAGGAGGAAAGGGGAAGCAGAGACUUUGGUUGGUGUCCGAGUGGUGGUGGGGUUGCAGAUGGGGAAACGCAUCGAACCAAGGGGAGAGCGUCAGAGAAGGAGAGACGUAAGUGACAGAAUAGGUAGUGGUGUAGGUGAACUGGACAACCACCAGAACUCUCGCCAGUAUUUAAGGGAGAGUCGCGAGCGUAGCGCGCCAGUUACUACGGCCGAUUGCCUCCACGAGGUAUCCCCGUGCUAAACGGAGCCACUGUGCAUUGCACCGAUUUCGCUCGAAAGAAAAGGGCGCGAAAAGUCUCAACCACGUGACUCGAUUUUCCGAAACAUCUCUCCCUUCGCCUGUUCUACUUGUAUAAUUCGCGACUCCGUUCCUUCGUUUGAGAUUCAUGUCGAUUCAGUGAGGAGACACGUCGAAACUCCACGAGUUAGAGCUUCCGAGUUGACAAUUAACAUUCGAAAAUAAGAUUUGAAAUCCUUGAUAGGAGAAGUGAGAUAGUAGUGGUUGAGUCCGUGAUAGCCAUCGAAUAUGAACGAAUGUGCGUCCCGUGAGGAAGUUCGCAGCGGUUCACGGAAGUGCACUAUUUAUGGAAGAGUUUGAACCGCCGCGCCAAGGGCUCUUUGGAACUUUCGCUCGUGGACCGUGCAGAUGUGCGUGCUACCAAGGGAAAGAAGGCGAAUCAUUUGGAUCCCGUACUCGAUGCUGCUGGCAUUUGGGCUGCUCCUGGUGCUGUCGGACGCCGGAGCUGUUCACCAACAAUCGAACCUCCUCCUACCGUUCACGAACGUCUCGUUUGGAUUCGCCAAGGCCGCAACUAAUCGUGGUAUUUCAGUCACCAGGAUCCUGCAGGACGGGGAACUCGAACGGGUGAUUCGACUGCCUGGAAUUUGCGCCAAGGAGACCAUCGUCAAUUGGGGAGAUACGGACGUAGCACUGAGGCAGGUCUGGCUACAGGAGACGGCCAGAAAGGUGCAACUGAUAUACGAGGGUGGCACGCUUACUGACUGCGUGGACGAGAAACUCGAUGUCGGUGACGAGAGAUCCUGCACAUCAAGCACGCACUUGGACGACGAUUACGACGAUGAAACGUCCGUCGAACUGUUCGAUGUGGACGAUCAGGAGGACUCGUCGAGGAUCCCGCAGGACCUCUCCUGGCUCUCGUCCACGUCGGAUCUACGUCAUCGGUGCACCCACGUAAGGAACAGGGCGCGAAAUCAAUUGAUUUCACAACAUCGACGAAGGAAAUACUCGAAGCUUUUAAACGGAACGAGCAGCAGUCACCGCCAGAGACGAGGUAAGAGCCGCUCGCGAAGGGACUUGUUGAUGAUCCCGGGGACACAAUGGUGCGGCCGCGGUCAUCGGGCCACGAAAUACACGAAUCUGGGCGGUUUUGGCACGGCAGAUGCCUGCUGUCGCAGACACGACACGGCGUGUCCUUUUUUCAUCCCGGCUUUCGAGACGCGCUACGGUCUUUUCAACUGGGGUAUCUCGAGCAUGAUGCAUUGUGCCUGUGACGAACGAUUUCGUACGUGUUUAAAGAUGGCAGACACAGCAUCCGCGAAUUUUAUCGGCAAAAUCUUCUUUGACGUUCUAAGAACGAAAUGUUUUAUAUUGAAACCGCAAAAGGUUUGUACGAAAUGGUCCUGGAUGGGCAAAUGCCAGCAUCACGAAUACCGAAAGCAGGCUCAUGUCCGUGAAAAUGUUCCUUAUCAUUGAAUUAAAUGGAAGAGAUUUAAAAAGAGAGAGCGACGAAUGUUUGAGAAUAUUCUUUUUCUAGAGAUGUCAAUACCAAUUCUCAGGGAUGUAAUAGUUUAUCGAGAGUAUUCGAUGAUGGGCCGAUCGGUCAUUUUUGGGCAACAGAUCACAGAUAAAAGCAGUCAUCCUCUUUGACCGUCUGAAUGACAGAAUGACAAUACGUAGUGGUCGCUAUAGAAAGUGUAAUCAUUAGAGUAGAUUGACCACAGUUUUAUAUCAUAUUUCAGUUCCUUGGACCGAUUCUUUGUAAGAUCGAGUUAAUCUUCAUUUAUAAUUGAAAAGUUAAUUGGUCGAGUAUCUGGAAUCUUUCAAACAUAUCAACUACGAAAAUUAUAUGAAGCAGAUUUACUUAUAUAAAAGUGGUUUAUAUUUAAUUUUUCAUAUUUGCAAGGUCAGAUUCGUUUUAGGCUGCUGAUUUUUGCUUAGUGGCUUAAUGGUAAAAUGAAAUGAAACGGAGAAAUGAAAUCGUUCGAAAUAGACAGGGUAUCAUUUUUAUUGUCUAUAUACUAACUAUGUAGUCGUUAUUGUCUUUGAAAAUGCCAAAUAAAUUAUUCUGUAGAUAAAUUAUAAUAAAAGUGUACAUAUCAUGAGUAGCAUAAUUUUUCAAGCAUAAAAAAACUAGAAAAAAUCACUAUAUUAACAAGUAGUUUAGAAAAUGAAAAAAUCUCUUUCCUACAAAAUUGUUGAUUCUUGUAAUUAGAAAUCUGCGUAAUAGUUCACUUACUUUUAUCUUAUUAUCUUGGUUACGUGUACGGUAACGCUGAUUCCGCGUUAAUUGUGCUCGUGCAUGUAUUCUGUAUGAUUGUAUUUAUGUAUGAAUGAGUCAUGUUCUUGCGAUGUAAAAAUGUUGAAAAGAAAAUCAAGAUUGUAACGAUACAAAAGUAUUUAAAUAUUGAAAUAUACGUUGUAUUUAAAUGCGACAUAUAAAAAAUAAGUGUAAUAAGUUAAAUAUGCAAUAUCUCCUCGUAUUGUAUAAAUGAAAAUAAUUCAUAGAUAUAUAAAUAUAAACUAUCAAAAUUCUUAACAGUAGGUGCAUCGUUGUAAAUAUGUAUAAUAGUGAUAUAGUACUAACAUAUUUAAUAAAGUAUGCAUUAUAAAAGUAAUUAGAAUAAAACCUUAUGAAAAUUAUCAAAAUUCAUAUACAUAAUAUCUUUUGCAUCUUCCUCUGCAACUAUUCGGGAUUUGGAUUCAAAUGAAAAGUUGAAUUUGGCGCGCUUUUAAAUGCGCACGUGUUUCCGUUAUUUCACUUGCACAAAUUGCGCGCGGUUUAUCUAUUUAUAUUAUAUUAUCUGUUCUAUAAGAAAAUAAACGUUUAAAACUGUUAA